AUGAACAAAAUUUUAUUAUCCUUACUUCUUGUUAGUGUUUGUCUCUGUUAAGAGGGUACAAAAUAUCAUGUAUUAAAGAAACUCUAAUUUAACUUGAAAAUGGAGUAAGUUUAACCAAUCUAAACAAACUAAUGACUAUGGAUUUUAACAAAUUGAAUUGCUAAGCAAAUUUAUUGUAGAUGACUCACUAAUUAAAAAUGUGGGCUGAACUAUAUUAGGAUGAGAAAGUUAUACAUCAUGAAAUUAGACUAUUGAGUACAGCUCAUAAAAUACUUAACUAACAGAAGUUUAACAGAUUGAGAAAUACAAGUAAAAUGAAAUUUUAAUGAUAGACACUGUCUAAAGAGCUAAAAGAGUACUUGCUGCUUUGAGACACAACACACAUAAGAAAUAACACACUAUAUAUUAGUAAUGGAGAGUAAAUGAAAUCGAUUAAUUGAAACAUUCAAUUUAAUUGUUAUAAACAUCAACAAGUAAGAAUAUAUAUGAAAUUUAUAGCUGAGGAUGAAAGCAAAUAAUGUUGUGAUAGAAUUGAAUAAUUAAUCAAUAAAUUUUUAGAUGAAAGAAAACAUAUCGCUAAAUAAUGUGGAAAUGCUGAUGUAUAUAUUAUUUAUUUAAUUAGGUAACCAUAAAUAUUAUUAAUGAUGCAGAAGGCAAAAUUUAAAUUAUUAAUAAAAAAUGUCAUGAAAAAGACCCUGAUGUAAAAAUUAAUAGAGUUGAUUCAAUUGAUAAAGUUAUAGUUGGAUAAUCAUAAUAAUAGAAGAAGGAAGAACAAAUUGUUGUUACUGAAUAAAGAUAAGAAUAAGUUGUUGAAGAACAUCAUGAAUCACAAGUUGUUGAAGAACAUCAUGAAUCAUAGGUCGUUGAAGAACAUCAUGAAUCAUAGGUUGUUGAAGAACAUCAUGAAUAAACUGAAACAGUGACAGAAGAAACAGUUGAAGAAGAAGUAGAAGUAGAGGAAACUGUAAUUGAAGAAACAGUCACAAAAACAACUUCAUCUAAAAUUGUGGAAAUACCAGAUGAUGAUGAUGAUGUUGUAGAAGGAGAAUUAGUUUCGGCUUAAGGAGUAGGAGCAAGUGGAGAAGGAGGUAGAACAUGAUUAUGUUAUUAUUAACAAUAAAUAUAAAUUUUUAUUAAU